AUGAAGCACACAAAUGAUGUUAAUAAUUCACUCACUAGACUUUCGAAACGUAUACUAAAGGCAUCGCAAUCUUUAAGUAAAAUUGCAGAUUUAUACACUGUAGCUUACAAAGUUGAUUCUUCUGACUUGUUAAAAGAUGUAAAUGCAUUCAAAGUAUGCACCGACAAAAUAAGUGAUUUAUGCAAUCUCUAUGCUGCCCAAAAAAUACCAGUUGAGCUGAGAACUCCUUUUACCAAAAUCCAUAUUGACGGGAGUGAACUGUAUAACGUAAGAAAUGCCAUCAAAACGAACUAUUCUAUGUACAAGAAGUUCUCUGACGAGUUCGAUAUCCAUUUUAACAAAAACAGCGACGAAUAUAUUUUAAAUAAUUUACGUGAAAAUGUUGAAAAGCACUAUCAGAUAUAUACAGAAAAGAUAUCCGUAUUUAUUGAAGCUACAAAAAAGCUUUCGUCUCGCAUGAAAAUCGAAGAAACCAAAGCAAUUUUUAAAUUUUCUCAAUUUGAGCAUGAAUUCAUAACAGAAUUAACCAAAAUCUACAAAGACAUCAACUCAUACAAUCCAGACUACUACGUUGCGAGCGAAGUAUUCGUUAACAUAGACGAAGAAAAAGAUGAUGAAUCAAAUGUCAAAGUUCAGAUCGAUACAGACUGUCCAUCAUUAGAUCAACUAUAG